AUGAAUCAAACAUUUAUUAAUUUAACAAAUUUACGAUCAGAUACAAAUUUAACAUUAUAUGGAGAAAAUAAUAUUGAAAUUUAUAGUGCAUUUUUUGUACAGACAACAAUAUGUAUUAUUGGAGCAAUAUUAAAUAUAAUAAAUGUAAUUGUAUUAAGUCAUAAACAAUUUGAAGCUACACCAUAUUUAUUUAUGACAGCAUUAUCUUUAACUGAUACUGGAAUAUUACUUGUUCAUUUACCAUCUGGUUGGGCAAGAUGUGGAACACAACUUCGAAUAUGUCAAACAGAAAUAUAUAAACAAUUUAGGGUUAUAUUGUUAUAUUACGUAACAUAUAUUGGAUUUGGAUUGGGGAAUAUACUUGAAGCUUCAUCUGUGUGGAUAACUGUGUUAAUAUCAGCGGAACGUUAUAUCAUUAUGAAGUGGCCACAUUUAGGCAAGUUAUAUUUUGCAAGAUAUCAAGGGAAAUGGCAGGUGUUUAUCACUGUAUGUAUAGCUGUGGUAUUUAAUUUCCCAUUAUUUUUUACAUUGAAAAUCAAUACUUCUGUUGUACAAGGACCUAAUAAUACAAAAAGACAUUUUCAUUACAGUAAAUUAACAUGGUUUGGACAAUCACCAUACUAUCACACGUUUACAUGGAUACGGUUUAUCUGUGUUCAAUGUAUUCCAUUGAUUACAUUAUGUAUCGUUAAUUUUAUGCUUCUACGUUUAACAUGGUCUAGUUAUCAUAACCAGAAAGCACAUCAAUUAAGUCAACAAAGUUAUAUGAAACGUUCAUCACUUCCAAUGACAUCAAGGAUUGAUGAAAAUAAUGAGACUUGUUGCCAAAGUGUAAGUGAUAUACCUUAUAAUUUACAAAUAAAACCUCAAGCAAUCUCCAAUUUCACAACUCAAGUAACAAUUUCAAAAGAUAUUGUUGACAACACUACAAUAUAUAGAAAUAACAGUCCACCUCCAACAAAGCGUAUUUCUUUAAGAAACAGACGGUUGGAACGUUCACAGCAAGCAAAUAACAAACUGUCAAUAUUAUUAAUGACUGUGAUAUUUUUGUUUAUUAUCGGUCAGAUUCCUCAAGCUUUAGCGUAUGUGCAUAUUUUGGAAUUGAUUGUACCAAGAUCUUGCAUAAAAUGUCGACCAUAUUCAGCUCUGUAUAAACAUUUUAGUCAGCUGUUAUGUUUAAUUACAUCGACAACUAAUUUCUUUUUAUAUGUUGGUUUGAAUAGAAACUUUCGUGAAUGUCUGACUAGAUUAUGUCAUACAAGGAGAAAAGACAAAAUUUUUAAACGUUGA